CCAUAAUUUACAUCAGUUUUCCUUUAAAUACUUUUUGCUAGUUACCUGUGCACUGCUUCCACGUUUUAGUGUCAUGCUACCUAUCAUUACUAUCAUUUUAUUAUAUCUAUACUGAAAAACACGAUUAGGUAAAGAACACUUUCCUGUACGAGUGAUUAAGAGCCGAGUUUUAAUCCUCGUUAAUCCGAUCCUUAUUAUAAACUGUCUAUUCAGGCGAGGUUUAUCAAGUUCGGUCAACAAUCGUGACUUUUAUUGCAGACACUAGUUUUACUUCGUUUAAUGUAGAUAUAGUACUAUAUUUAUUGACUUAUUUCUCAUGUACAUGUGAUUAACUUAUUUGUCCCCAGGAAGGGACAAAUGUCUCAUGUGUUAUAUAUGAUAAUUAUAAAUACAUCUUACGAUUUUUCGAGGAAAGGAAGUGGGUUUUUCCCACGAUUUUAAAAAUAGAUCUUUGUAAUUAUUAUGAGAUUAUAAGUAAUUUCUUAGCUGUGGACUGUUACAGUGGAUUUCAAUGAUACCAACAUAAAACAGACAUAUAUACAAAAUUUACCAGGACAUGUAUGGAUUUCGAUCAUAUAGACGGUUUCUUCCGGGAUCUGUACUUUCGGUUUCGGUCCUUCUGCAGUUCAUUCAUUUCUUCCAAAGGCACGAGACAGAACUUGGGGCUCCCUGCAGAAUGCAGUAGCGAUGUCCUAUGAUGUAGUCUGCCCUCCAUGCUUCGCCUACUGUCACGUGCUCUAUAGUACAAACAGGAUAUUAUCUGUGUAAUAGCACCACGGGUAAAUAAUUCAGGAUCUUAUCCGUGUAAUAUCACCACAGAAAAUUUCCAUGGAAAACUACGCAUGGCAGUGUGAUAAAGGUCUGUCUGAUUGUUUCAAACACAUGUUCCAGAAUGAACUUCAUUGUGACGUCACCUUUUUGUUAGGGUCAGACAGAGAGAAUGUGAACGCUCAUAGUCUGGUUCUCAUCGCUCGUAGUCCGGUAUUCUAUGCUUUACUGAAAGGCCCUCUGGCGGAGAAGGGACAACUCGUGAUUCCAGACAUCGAAAAGGAGACCUUCCAACAGUUUCUUGAAUAUCUAUACACAGAUUUUGUUACAUUAACAUAUGAAAACGUGACGUCAUUGCUGUAUUGUGCGCGGAAAUAUUGCGUGGACAAACUUACUUGUCGUUGUGAAGUAUUCAUGGAGAAUAGACUUGACAUUGACAACGUGUUUGGAAUAUUGGAGGAGGCGCAUACUUACGGACUGACAGCUCUUAAAGAUAAAUGUGUGCGUUUUUUAGUGGAAAACAUUCAGGGGGCGCUACUCUCAGACUCCUUCAGAAACAUUUGUAGGGGAUGCGUGAGAAGCAUUCUCAGCAUUGAAAGUUUAAACAUAAGCGAAGAGGAUUUAUUUGAGCAUAUUUUAAGAUGGGCGGAAGCGGAGUGCUCGAGAAAAAACUUACCGAUUACGGAUCAGAAUAAGAGACUUGUUCUAGGGGAUACGAUACGGUUGAUACGUUUUCCAACGAUGACUUCGAGAUAUUUUCAGACAAGAGUGGCUAGUGCGGAGUUAUUGGAUGCAGACGAAGUAAUCGACGUGUUCUUGUAUGAUUUUAGUAGAAAUGAUGGUGGAAGCGGACUAUCGAUGUUUGAAGUAGCCUCCAGGAACUACAAACGGGUUCUAAGAUUCCGAAAGACGCUGCGCGAAAGACAGGCUUCCGACAAAACCAACGAAAUCGCAUUUGAGUGCAGUAUAGCAGCAACGCUUCAUGGCGUCUGUGUCUACACUCCGAAAGAAGAUUUCCAAACUCAGGUGGUGUCUAUAGACGUAUACGAUCACAAGAAGUCCAGCAUCGCUAGCGUCGAUUGUCACGUGUAUGAACAUUCCGCCGAUAAAAUCCAUGACGUCUUUCUGAAUAAACCAAUCAGAUUGGUUCCAGAUAGACGCUACACUAUAGCAACCAGACAUUCCUACUGGGUCAAAUCCUUCUACGGAACACGAGGGAAGCCCAGUGUUUUAUUCCGAGAUGGAGUGGUCAGUUUUUACAAUUCUUCGUUAGCGGAGAGCAGUUCGGAUUCGGAGUCCGAGUUUGAGUGGUUUAAUACUUCGGUGGAGAAAGGUCAAAUUCCCGGUCUCCUGUUAUCGUGAGACUCAAUACAUUGAAACCACGAACAUGUCUGACGUAUUUGUAACAUUUUUCCGUCCGGUGUCACGUGACUGCUUUGAAUGAACUAUAGCAAGUGUAAUUAAUCCCUAUACUUUAAGACAUCGGCGUGGCAUGCACUGUAAAAUUCUCUAAAACAGUGUCUUUUCUUUCGGAAAUAUUGUUUCUUGUUUGUUUUUUUUAAUUUCUGAAUGACCAAAAGGGUGCAUCUCGACAACCUUGACAUUGAUAAAGCAAAUGUAACAGUAGAGUUUCAUUAUUAUUAUUUUUUUUAAAUUAUUUAUUUAUUUUUUGCGAGUCUCAAUAUUUCCUUGAGGGUGACCAUUACAUGGUUAUCACGUCAUACAAGAGAGGUUUUCAAGAGUGAUUGUUUUUCGUGUCUUUUCUAGAAACAAAAAAUAUAAAAAGUAGACCCAGCAGAGUUAAGAUUUAAAACCAAUGCUGAUUCAAAAGGGACGUCGCUUAUUAGUUGAUUUUUUUAUUAACCAUAGCAUACUCAGAUCUGUAAAUUGCGACCUAUUUUUAUCCGUCGUCGUUUCGUUAAGGUCACACGCGACGUUUGUCAAUGAUAUUUAUCAUUUUACGUGGCAAUUCAAGUGAUUUUACGCACAUCCUUUCUUGUUUCUUAAAAUAAGUAAAUAAAUAAAUUUAAAAAAAACCAACAAAAAAAAAACAAAACAAAAAACCAACAAAACUUGAGUUAUAUUACUAGGUCUUCUCUAGAGUUAGUAUACUUUGAUAGUUCCUGGUUGUGGCAAGUAAAGGCGUAGAAUCAAUUAUUAUGUAUUACAGAAGGUUGUAUACGAAUUAUAGUAAUACUACUACAAUAUAAGAUUUUAAACAUCUUUCGAAAAUCAUAUAAGACUCUUUAUAACGAAGAGAUAAAAAAAAAAGCUCAUGAAAUAAAAUGGCAGAAACCUCGCGCAUGACCUUAACAUUUUAUACUUCUCAAAUACUGCCCGGCUAAUUUUUACCAAAGUUAGACUGUAGCAUUAAUGAGGUAAGGGGUACAACGCAAAUGAAGUCCGUGGCCCCUGCAUCCCUGGGUGUGAAGGGACAGGAUUUAAGACCAAAUAAAAUUUUGUCAUCUUAUAAGAUCUUCUUUACUAUGGGACAUUUAGGAUGAACAAGGAUACGUCUAGCUGACAAUUGAUGUUAGGGAGGAGCUAUGUGUCACAUUUAUAGAGUCAGGGAGGAGCUAUGUGUCACAUUUAUAGAAUUAGGGAGGAGCUAUGUGUCACAUUUAUAGAGUUAGGGAGGAGCUAUGUGUCACAUAUUUAGAAUUAGGGAGGAGCUAUGUGACACAUGUAUAGAGUUAGGGAGGAGCUGUGUGUCACACAUAUAGAGUUAGGGAGGAGCUAUGCGACACAUAUAUAGAGUUAGGGAGGAGCUAUGUGACACAUAUAUAGAGUUGGGGAGGAGCUAUGUGACACAUAUAUAGAGUUAGGGAGGAGCUGUGUGUCACACAUAUAGAGUUAGGGAGGAGCUAUGUGACAUAUAUAGAGUUAGGGAGGAGCUAUGUGACACAUAUAUAGAGUUAGGGAGGAGCUAUGUGACACAUAUAUAGAGUUAGGGAGGAGAUAUGUGUCACAUAUAUAGGGUUAGGUAGGAGAUGUGUGUCACACAUCAAUAUAGGAAAAGUGUUAUUUCUUUGGAAGAAUCUCUUCAUAUGUCUUGGUUAUUAAGGAAGUUAGCUCCUCAGUCUUUGAGCAACAACCGCGUAGGGUUAUAUUAAAAUUGUGAAAAUCAUUGUCCCAGAGUAAGGGGCCCAUGGCUUGUCCAUAUGAAUAGGUAGGGCUAUUUGAAAUUAUGAAAGUCAUUGCCUAAAGUCAGGGACUCGGGAUUUGUCUAUAAGAACGGGUAAAGCUCUAUUGAUAUUGUGAGUCGGGACCACGUGACUUGGGUAUACGAGUCAUAUACCUGGUAGUAAAACAGCAUUAAAUCUUUAAAAAUUAUCUUAAAAUGUUAGGACCUCGGGUCAAGAAUUUAGAUCUUUUGAUGGGGCUAUUUAGAUCAUGAAGCGAAAAUAUCAUUGCAUUGUAGGUCACCCGUGUGGGUGGUCUAUUACUAUCCGUGUCCGUCCUUCGUCGUUAAAUUUGGGGGGGAAAAUUAACUUCUGAGAAACUUCUAUUCCAAUUGUCACCAAACAUGGUGUGUAGCAUCCUUGUAGGUAGUUAAACAAAAAUUGUAAAUUUCGUAGUUCUUGCCCCCCUUGGGACCUUAAGAAUGGGGUCAAAACUUUGAAAAAUGAUGCCAUCGUUUAAAAAAAAUAACUUCUGUAUUCCUGAGCAUGCAGCGGACAAAUUGAUUCAAAGUUAUCAUUAGGAUGGAGACCUCUACGUGUCAAAGUCAUGUUCCAUGCAGAGACGGAGGCUCAGAUCCCAGGAAAAAAUGGAACAGUCCUGGAGGUUACAACACUUUUUUCAGCACGUUUUGAUACUCAAACUCUAACUCCGUGCUCUAACUCGUACUCAUACUCAAAAGUGAAGGUUGUAAAACUUUUAUAAAAUUAUUCUCAUACUCAAAUGGAAUAUACAUACUCAAGAUUUUUCCAGUAUACUUCGGAGCUUGCUGAAAACAAACAUGGCUGAGUUUGAGUAUGAGUACAGUAAAAGGUUUAUAACCUCCAAGCCCAAUUUUUGCAGAGAAAAUAAAUAUAUUUAUAUCAAUCCAGAACAUGUAGCAGGCUAGCUCAGGACAUAUCAAUGGUGAUAUUGAUAUCAGGACAUAUCAAUAGUGAACUUUGAGGCCUUCACCAAAAUUGCAAAACUUGUGAUCUCAUAGAUUGUUGAUUGAUUGAUUGAUUGAUGUUUUCCGCCACACUCAACAAUUUUUCAGUUAUCUGGUGGCGCCCAGUUUUUAUUGGUGGAAGAGAGAACCCAGAUACAAUGUACCUGGGAAGAGACCACCGACCUUCCGAAAGUAAACUGAGAAACUGUCUCACUUACCGGCGCGAAUCCCGCGCCGACAGAGGUGAGAGGCCGUGUGAUGUUGAGCGCGAUGCUUUAACCACUUGGCCACGGAGGCCCCCUUAUUUCUCAUAGAUAUUUCAUUAUUGGAGUUUAUACAUGGAGACUAUAGUAUACAUGUAUCCAGUGAGACGAGAGCUCUGAAAAAGUACAUCAUCAUACAUACAAUUCAAAUGUUUAUAAAUUUAUACUCAGAUACAAAAUUUCAAUAAGCAGAAUUCGCAAAUAUAUUCUUAUACUUUGAAAUAUGGAGAACUGUUUGUCUAUACUGUACUACUUUCAACUUGACGGUCCUUUCUAAGUACUUUCUAUUUGGUUACAUUUGUUCUUAUGAAUACAUUUGUUUUUCUGGUUACAUUUGUUUUUAUGUUCAAUAUUAAAUAAAACAUUCCCAAUGGC